AUGAGAUCUCUCGCCCCAGUUGUUUACUGUGAUGUUGCUAUCAUCCCGGAAGACCAAGUCAAGGGAGCAGCAUCCCAGAAGACCAGGUCAAGGGAGCAGCAUCCCGGAAGACCAGGUCAAGGGAGCAGCAUCCCGGAAGACCAGGUCAAGAGAGCAGCAUCCCGGAAGACCAGGUCAAGGGAGCAGCAUCCCGGAAGACCAGGUCAAGAGAGCAGCAUCCCGGAAGACCAGGUCAAGAGAGCAGCAUCCCGGAAGAUCAGGUCAAGGGAGCAGCAUCCCAGAAGACCAGGUCAAGGGAGCAGCAUCCCGGAAGACCAGGUCAAGGGAGCAGCAUCCCGGAAGACCAGGUCAAGAGAGCAGCAUCCCGGAAGACCAGGUCAAGAGAGCAGCAUCCCGGAAGACCAGGUCAAGGGAGCAGCAUCCCGGAAGACCAGGUCAAGAGAGCAGCAUCCCGGAAGACCAGGUCAAGAGAGCAGCAUCCCGGAAGACCAGGUCAAGAGAGCAGCAUCCCGGAAGACCAGGUCAAGGGAGCAGCAUCCCGGAACACCAAGUCAAGAGAGCAGCAUCCCGGAAGACCAGGUCAAGAGAGCAGCAUCCCGGAAGACCAGGUCAAGAGAGCAGCAUCCCGGAAGACCAGGUCAAGAGAGCAGCAUCCCGGAAGACCAAGUCAAGGGAGCAGCAUCCCGGAAGACCAGGUCAAGGGAGCAGCAUCCCGGAAGACCAGGUCAAGGGAGCAGCAUCCCGGAAGACCAGGUCAAGGGAGCAGCAUCCCGGAAGACCAGGUCAAGGGAGCAGCAUCCCGGAAGACCAGGUCAAGGGAGCAGCAUCCCGGAAGACAGCCUCCUUAGCCAGGCCAAGAUUUAA